UAUCAAUCGAAAAUUCUUCAGAAAGGAUAGUACGAAGAGGCCAGUGUGUGGAAAGCUAGCAGUGCAAAAUGUGGGAAUUUCAAAUGAUUUAUUUUCACAUCAAUUCACGUUAGCUUAGAUUUGGCUGGACAUUUUGCAUCAUAAUUUGGUACUGUCCUUUGGAGCUGAGUCCAUCUGGUGAUUGUUGAUUCUAGUGGUCCUGAAAAACUAGACCAAGGAGAUCUUGUUGGCCAAGCUGUGAUCAUUCUGGAAGAAUUUAGAUCUCAACAUCACAGGAAUGAUUAUCUUCAGAACUGAUUUAUUGAAGAAGGAAGACGCAAGCUUCGACAGCCUUAAGGCACAGACAGAUUUCAUGGAAGAUCGCGAUACUUGCGUAAGUAUGGUAGGCCUCUCAUCCUGAUGAUCACCUGACCAACGCCAUUACUGUGUCGUGACAGGAACACUUGUGCCUCAACAUUGUUGCCUGCGAUAGAAGGAAAUGUGACUGUGGGUCUGGUCAUGAUGCAGAGAACAGGCCUCUGGGUGUAGACACAGCCGAAUAGGGAGCUGGCCGUCUGUGCAGAAUAUGAAUGGACGACCACCAUGGUCUGGGUGAACUUCUUUGGAGCUGAUGAAUCGAUCAAACUGGAAACAGAAAAUAGAUGUGUGAAUAUGAAAACAUAAACAGAGACAUUGACGAAAAAUCUCCAAGAUAUAAUCCUGAUUUCGACAUCCAAGAGUUAUGUGAGGAGAAGUGUGUUGAAGAGAACGGGGGUUACUAUCCAUACCCAGGGGACUGUUGUUCAUUCGUAGUCUGCAACAGACUGCCAAGCUCUAAAGGUCCGGGAAAAGGUCGUGUUGUGUCUAAUGCCAUGCGGUGUUCCGUUCCGCUAGUAUGGAACACAGAGACGUCUUCCUGUGAUUUCCCCUACAGAGUGCCGGAAUGUAACCCAGCCUGUCAUGAUGAUGUGACUCAACUUCCAAUCAAUGCAUCGACACCAUUUUUGAUUUUCAAUGAAUCAGCCCAGUGCUUCUUCGAUGGCCACUACUAUACAGUGAAUGAUUUUCAACCCGAGUGUUUCUUCCUAGAUAGGAGAGAAGACACCCAAGUGUGCUGUCUUGAAGGGCAAAUAUUCAACGUGUCGGACUGUUGUUGUGAAUGGGAAAAUGAACCAACUCCCUUGAAGUGCGAUUGUCUUAUUUAUUCAUGGGGAAUAGCGGGCGAUUUGGUAAGAGAAUAUAGAGGUGUAUAUAUUAACACCACCGGAGUUACAACGAGAAGGAUCACUGAUAGCCCGGAUGCGCUUCAAAGUGCCAGUGCUAAUUUUUUCUGUUUCGAUGGGGAAGAUGCCGUGAUGAAAAUUCCACGUUUCGAGAAUUAUAAUUACCUCGACACAUUUUCCGUGCAUUUCUUGUUCCAAAUCCCCGAUGAGUUCGAAAAUCCAGACACUGGCUUCGUGGAUGCACCUAAAAUGGGUCUACUAACCAAUGGAUGUUGUAACAAGUCCGGGACGUUUGAAAUGUAUAUAGAAGGUUCCCAAGGAUUCCUUAAUAUUAUCACAGAGAAAGAGGCCUUACUUGAAUACGCAUUUGAUAUUGAGGUGGAGUCGUUGGUAGCAGGCCAAAUUAUGGACAUCUCUAUCAGCUAUUGUGCUGGUCGCCUGAAUCUUGUCUUCAAUGGUAUCCUCAAAGAAACGGGCAAUCCACGUGUUCUUGGAGGCCGCAUCAAAAGUACAGGGUGUCCACUUACACUGGGUAGUUUCAACGAUAUUCCUGGAACCAACUUUAAAGGAUGUAUUAAUAAUUUGAUUAUAUGCCAAGACUGUUGGACAGAAUUUAACAUGAUACUGCUGAGCUUUUUUGACGUACAACAAGCGGUGUGCAACCUCGAAGGCUAGCGAACAGUGGAUGGUGCUUCAUCUGUCCCACGUCAAGUCAUGGAAAUGUUAAACACAUGUGUUUAUUGUUAUACAAGUAUGAUAAGAUAAAAUUUUGCCACAGUAAUAUGUUUUGUCCUAAUUUGCUACAUUAGGGAGGUUAAGAUAAACACGUUUUACGUUUAACUUGUACGUGAACGUGUAGAAUUAUAGUCUUCUAGGAAUCAAUUCUCCCUUUUGUAGUAUUUAUUUGCCCGAUUUAGUAUAGAGGUAUGAAGAAAAAAGUUGUAAUAGGUCCCUGAAAAGAUUAUAUCGAGUG